AUGGCACACCCACCGGCCGUCGGAGCGCAGGCAUCCCGGCUGGCGCGCGACCUGGCGCUCCUAUCGUCGGCGCGGAUCCCCAGGCUGCUUUACGGCACGGCCUGGAAGAGGGACCAGACGGCCGAUCUGGUCUACAUGGCGUUGCGCGUCGGCUUCCGCGGCGUCGACACGGCCGCCCAGCCGAAGCACUACGACGAGCGUGCCGUGGCCGAGGGCGUCCGGCGCGCCGUCGCUGAGGGACUGGUCAGGCGUGAGGAUCUCUUUAUUCAGUCAAAGUUCACGGCUCCCGGUGGCCAGAGCCAUUCGAUGCCGUAUGACGCGGAUGCACCGCUGGCCGAAAAGGUCCGUCAGUCGGUCCAGUCGUCCCUCGACAUCUUCACCCUCGAGGACCAGGAGCCGUACCUCGACAGCGUCGUCCUCCACUCGCCCCUGGACACCAUGCAGGAGACCAUGACGGCGUGGAAGACACUCGAGUCCUACGCCCCGCACCGCGUGCGCAACCUGGGCAUCUCAAACGCCGACCUCGCCACCGUCCAGGCCCUUUUGCGCGACGAAAGCACAACCGUCAAGCCCGCCGUCGUGCAGAACCGCUUCCACGCGCGCACCGGCUUCGACGCCGCCCUCCGCACCUUUUGCCGCGACAACGGCCUCGUCUUCCAGUCCUUUUGGACACUCUCCGCCAACGCGCCCCUCGUCCAGAGCGAGCCUGUCGCCCGGGUUGCACGCAUGGCGGGCGUCGAGCUCGCGGCCGCCUACUACUCGCUCGUCUUGGGCUUAGGAAAUGUCACGGUUCUCGACGGGACGACUAGUGAGGCGCACAUGAAGGAGGACCUGGAGGGCAUCGAGAAGGUGGGCCUCUGGGCCGAGGGCAACGGGGCGGCGGACUGGGAGGAUGCUCUGAAGAGCUUCAAGGCCAUGGUUGGGGAUACUUGA